CAAGUGAUAUUAUUAUUUGUGAAAAGCAACAAGUUUUUUGCGUUUCUCUUCUCUAUUUGAAGUUCUUUAGUGCGUUGUUAUAAUGAUGUUCUUCCCGGCUUAAUCACCUCAUAUGUUAUUAAAAGUAAAAUGUUAAAGUUUUAAUAACUCAAAUUACUACGACUUUCUAUAACGUGUAGUGUUAAAAAUGUUUCGUACCAUUCGAUAUCUAAUUAGUAUAUUAGUUUGUGAUUUGCCUGUGUCACCUAGAUAAACUCCUCGGUCGAGUAUUAUUAUAGAAAAUCUUGUGACUCCAGCAAAGAAAAAAAGAAAAAAAGAGAUUUGUGAAAACUUUGCUUAGGGAUUGUUACAUUUUCUUGGGUCUUAUAUACCAUUGCACAAAACGUAGACUUUAUAACACAUAGAAAGUUUACGGUUAAUCCGGUGUAUAUAAUAAUAAUCAACUUUUGUCAUAAUUUUUAUCAUGUUCUGUAUAUGUUAAACAUCCAUACUGUUUUAGCAUCAUAUAAAAUAUUUUUAGAACUCAGCAUACAGUGGUACUGGAGUUUGUUUUCACAAAAGACUGACUGCCUUGAAGAGUUAACACUUGAACAUAUAGUCGUUUCCUAUUGUAUGUGAGUCAAUAUUGAACUGUAAUGAAAUAUGAGUGUGUGAACUGUACUACAAAAUAUUAUCAAACGGAUUUUUCAACCCUUAUGGUGUUAGUAUCGCGGUGAAGGCUAGGCAUGUGGCGCGGCGCGCGGGUGCUCCUACUCGCGGCGCUGGGGCUCCUGGCCGGGCCGCUGCAUGCCGCCAAGAAAUACAACAUCACCAUCGGGUAUCUACCCUCUAUAAAAGGCGAACUGCGAGACAGGCAGGGGCUUGCUAUCUCCGGUGCCUUAUCUAUGGCACUUGAAGAGAUUAACAACAGCACUAGAAUACUACCAGACGUGGAACUGUUACUGCAAUGGAACGACACUCAGUUCAACACGAUCACGGCGACUCGACUUCUCACCGACAUGAGUUGUUCGGGUGUUGUCGCGUUUUUCGGACCCGAGGGGAAAUGCAACACGGAAGCUAUCAUUGCACAGUCGAGGAACCUACCCAUGAUCUCAUAUAAAUGCUCAGAUUACCAAAUUUCUGCCCUAUCAAACUUUGCAAGACUUGAACCUCCAGAUACACAGGCCACAAAAUCAGUAAUAUCCUUACUCCGUUACUACCGAUGGAACAAAUUCUCAAUACUGUACGAAGAGGCGUGGGUGACGGUCGCCCUAACGCUGGAGAUCCACGCGAAGAAGAACAAUAUGACGGUGAACCACCUGCGGCCGGUGUUGGACGGCUACAAGUGCUGCGAGGAGAAGCUGCCGUGCUGCGCGCCAGGGUUCUGGUACCAGUUCAUACAGGACACCAAAAACAGGACCAGAAUUUACGUUUUCUUGGGUUCGACCACUGGCCUCAUCGACAUGAUGUCGGCGAUGGACUCGCUACAGUUGUUUCUGAAGGGAGAGUACAUGGUUAUAUUUGUCGAUAUGAUGACCUACUCGCCUAAAGAUUCACUCAAAUAUUUGAUGAAGGCCGACGAGCGCGGGCUGACGAACUCGCGGCUGGUGUGCCCGAAGGCGGAGGAGUUCCGCAAGCGCGCGCAGUCCGUGAUGGUGGUGGUGUCGUCGGAGCCCGCCAGCACCUACGAGGAGUUCACGGCCAAAGUGCGACAGUACAACUCCAUGAAGCCCUUCUCCUUCCCGCUGCCGGCCGUCUUCAACAACAAGUUCAAUAAGUUUGUGUCAAUCUACGCUGCCUAUCUCUACGACUCAGUGCAACUGUAUGCAACGGCUUUAGAUAAAUUGAUAAGAGAGGAGACUGAGAAGGAAGUGUUGACGUACAGCAAGUUGAUGAGCGUCGCCACCAACGGCUCCAGGAUCAUCGCCAAGAUGAUCGAGAGCACACCAUAUAAAAGUGUGUCGGGGAUGACAAUCCGUUUGGACGAGCGCGCGGACUCGGAGGGCAACUUCUCCGUGCUGGCGUUCAAGCGGAUGAACUUCAGCGACGACGACAUCGACUGCUCCCACAGCAUGAUCCCCGUCGGCCACUUCCAGCAGAGCUCCCGCCAAUACCCGAUAUACAGACCCAACUCGCUUCUGCCGAUCGACUGGCCCGACAAUGUGAAGCCGGAAGACGAGCCUUCCUGCGGUUUUUUGAACGAGAAAUGUCCUAAAGAUGACUCGCAAAUUACGUCACUCGUGGUCGCCGGGACAUUAGCUGUGACGCUGUUUUGCGCACUCGUGGUCACCGUCAGCAUCUACCGCAAGUGGAAGAUCGAGCAGGAGAUCGAGGGGUUGUUGUGGAAGGUGGAGCUGCAUGAGAUCAGCGGCUAUCUGGGCAGUGGCAUGAUGUGGUCGCCCAGUAAGCUGAGUUUGGCAAGUGGUAUAUCAUGCGAGAGUAGGUGCUGUCCACAAAUAUUCACUCCUACAGCGAGGUACAAGGGAAACGUCGUCCGGAUAAAGGAAUUAAAAUUCUCCAAAAAGAAGGAUAUCCCCCGCAACGUGAUGAAAGAGAUGCGGUUACUGCGCGAGCUGCGUCACGACAACCUCAACUCGUUCAUCGGCGCGGUGGUGGAGCCGCUGCGGGUGCUGCUCAUCACGGACUACUGCGCCAAGGGCAGCUUGUAUGACAUAAUAGAAAAUGAAGAUAUAAAAUUGGAUAACAUGUUUAUUUCUUCAUUAGUGCAUGAUCUCAUAAAGGGUAUGACGUUUAUUCAUACAUCGCCAUUAAUAUUUCACGGAAAUCUCAAGUCCUCGAAUUGUGUCGUCACGUCACGCUGGAUGUUGCAGGUUACAGAUUUUGGUCUACAUGAUUUAAGAUAUAGUGCUGAAAAUGAUUUUAUAGGGGAACAUCAAUAUUAUAGAGGUUUAUUAUGGAAGUCGCCAGAAUUGCUCAGAGAGUUGGAAAAUCCAAACGGAACUGUUGGUGGCACACAAAAGGGAGAUGUCUAUGCAUUUGGUAUUAUACUUUAUGAGAUGAUAGCGAGGAGAGGGCCGUUUGGGCCGACCAAAUUGGAACCAAAAGACAUCGUGGACCGUGUAAAGCGGCCGAAGCUGGAGGGCGAGGAAGUGUUCCGGCCGGACACCAGCGUGCUGGAGGGCGUGGCGGAGGAGUACGUGGUGGCGUGCAUGCGCGACUGCUGGGCCGACGACCCCGCGCUGCGCCCCGACUUCCCCGCCAUCCGCACCCGCCUCAAGAAGAUGAAGUCUGGCAAAUCGCGAAACAUAAUGGAUCAAAUGAUGGACAUGAUGGAAAAGUAUGCCAACAAUUUAGAAGAAAUAGUCACUGAGCGAACGAGGCUACUCAUUGAAGAGAAACAGAAGACGGAAGAUUUGCUACACAGGAUGCUGCCUAAGUCGGUGGCACACCGGCUGACGACGGGCGAAGGCGUGGAGCCCGAGUCGUUCGACUCCGUCACGAUCUACUUCAGCGACAUCGUGGGCUUCACAGCCAUGUCGGCCGAGAGCACGCCCCUGCAGGUCGUCAACUUCCUCAACGAUUUGUACACAGUCUUCGACAGGGUCAUCAGGGGUUAUGACGUCUAUAAGGUGGAGACUAUAGGCGACGCGUAUAUGGUGGUUUCGGGACUUCCCAUAAGAAAUCAAGAUAGACAUGUAGGUGAAAUCGCCUCCAUGGCACUAGAAUUGUUAAGUGCUGCAAAAAGUCACAAAAUAUCUCACAGGCCAAAUGAAACUCUCAAAUUAAGAAUAGGAAUACAUACAGGUGCGGUAGUAGCAGGCGUUGUGGGCCUCACAAUGCCUCGAUACUGUUUGUUCGGGGACACAGUUAACACUGCGUCGCGGAUGGAAUCUAACGGCGAACCACUGCGCAUACACAUCUCUCCCAGCUGCAAGGCGGCGCUCGACAAGAUCGGCGGGUACGUCGUCGAGCCCCGCGGCACUAUACCCAUCAAGGGCAAAGGACAGUUGCAAACAUACUGGCUGGUCAGCGCGACAGACAAGGCAAUCCAGAAGCGUGCGGUGGACGGCGAGGAGCGGCCGCUGUUCUGUCGCCCGCGCAGAAGUCCGCGCCUCGCUGACUCCAGGCAUCCUUCCGUUUCCGAGUCGCGGAAUGACCCCAGUUGGGGUACGAGCGGGGUGCGGCAGCGGGUGGCGAGCGGGACGCGGUCUGUGGGGGGCGGGGUCGGGGUUGGGGGAGGGGGAGGAGGAGGAGGCGACGGCGGGGGGCGGGGCUCCCGCUGCUCGCUGCAGGCCUCGCAGCUGGCCGACGACCGCCGCGCCAGGGUUGAGCCUACUACUGCUAGCAGGCAUGCGCUGAGCUCCAUAGCGUCGUCGGGGUCCGAGUCGGAAGCGCAGGCGCAGGCGCAGGCGCAGGCGCAGACGCUGCGGCCGGCGCGGUCGCUGGACCCGCUGCCGACGCGCCGCCUGCGCCGCGACCUCACCUCGCGCUCGCUGGACGCCGACGCGCCGCUGCCCACUGUCUGCGGCGACCCGCUGCUCUUCAACGGCACCAUCAUAGGCAUCGUCACCGAGGACAGCCCCCUCCUGCGCAAAUGCAGCCUCUACAACAAAUUCGACCGGCCCAAACGAAAAGUCCCCGAGUCCUCCUACAUAGAGUACUAUAAAAAGUGGCGCUCGCUGGAGAACGUCGCGGACGGGCUGGCGGAUUCGCGGAAGCGCCGCUUCGGAAUCCGGUCGUGGCUGCUGGGCAUCUUCAGCACGCGCAGCAGCAACUCGUCGCUGCGCCGCGCGCCGCCGCUGCUCGACCGCGAGUCAGCCGUCUGAUGCCGCGCCUGCGGUACGCCUUUAGGUAGGAAAGAUUGUGCAAUAUGAGGAUUCGGCAUGAACGCGACAGUGUUAAAUCGGUGCACGAACGUUCUCAAAGUAAAUUAGUCAUUGUUAUCGAACGGCUCUAAGCUCGCUCGGCCUGAUCGUCCUACUUCAUAUAAAAUGUAUAUUAGUCUACAUGUUCUGUUGUAAAUAAUAUGUGUAAGUAAAACGAUGUUACCGUGAAUUGUGAAAUAAGAG